AUGGAAGGCCUCCGGCAUCUGCUCACAACCUGGCAGGAUGGGCGCCCGCGGAAGUGUGAGCGGGCAGCGUUCCAGAAGGAUGUGGCGGCGCUCCUCGAGCUGCAGCCGGACAGGCCUUCCCGCCUCCAGCCUGUAGGAGGUGCAAGCAUCCGGGCACUGGCUGACAUCGCGGACGAUUUCGGCCGCUUCUUGAAACAGGAGGCGAUCCGAGGGAUGCAGGGGGCGGGCAGGAACCAGCCCAUUGUGUCACCCUACGCGGGUGGACCGCGGGUUGGCGACGCGGGGGCCGAGGAAAUAGCCACGACACCACUUCAGACAGAAGGCCUCACGAUUGGCCCCAUGAACCCCGGGGUUGUUGGCCUUUCCACGCUGGGGACGAAUGAACUUCUGUAUUGGCGCCUCUGGGGGAUAUCGGCAGCGCUGCAGCAGAACAGAGCGAUGGCCACCGAGGCUGGGUUGGAGCUACUGAACCCCCGUGUACCUACACACGUGUCAGGCACAACGGUUGACGUAGUCUUAGCCGCGAGCAAUGUGCCCAUGCAGGUCCGCGUCUUGGACAUGUUCGUAGCGGCCUCGGACCACAAAAUGGUAUUCGGCAGUCUCCCGCAUAAUCUGACCCUUCGAUAUGACGCAGUUGUCGGCCGGGUGUCAUGGGCAUCAACGGAAGAAUGGGAUGCAGCACUUCAUACAGUCGCACCUCUUUUGGAUUUGCUUGCUGACGCAAUAGGCCCGCUCCAGUGUGACCCUGUCCUGGCGCCGCCAAUGCUGGGGGGGACCUCGUCGAAAAAGGUGAGGCGCGGCAUCUUGGACUGUGCUGCCUGGUGCCGCGACGUCGUGAUGGUGGUUGCCGGCCACGCAGCAGGCGCGGUCAAGGCCAUGUCGCAGGAGCAAAUGGCGCAGGCAUUCGUGGAAGACCUAUUCACCCGCGCGCAGAACUCAUUCCCGCAGAACGAGUCCGAUGCUGCUGCCAUGAAUCGGGAAAUCUGCGAGGUGCGGAGAACAGGCGCCACGCCGGAGGGCACGCUCACAACCACUAACAACGGUCCCUACACAGCAGAGGAGAUCACCAAUGCCAUCUCCCGUCUGCGGGAGAGCGGGGCCCUGGCGCAACUUCCGUCGCUCUCAGACCGCAUCGCGGUCGUCGAGAGUGCGGGCCGCCACGGAUUGGUCAUGCUACAGUACAUCGACGACGGGGUGGCGGCCUGCCCGUCGGCGGGGGCGACCAGGGCCAUCCUGGACCAGUCCAUUUCUUCUGCCACGGUGAAGUAUGCUGCGAGGCAUAAGGCUGCCUUCAAUUUCGGCCCCGGGAAAGCCGAAUGCCUGGCGGUGCACGGCAGCCCCAUGAUGCUGGGUAUCACCCUUGACGCGGAGCUGUCCUUCGCCCCCCACGCGAAAGCUACCAUGGCCAUGGGGCGCUCCUUGUUCGAUGAGCUUUACCAAGCAGCGGAGGCGGGCGGGUUUCCGGUUCGUGUCCUAGCUGCCCAGGUGUUGAUCAGAGUUGUUCCCGCAGUGCUGGCAGGUGCUGCCGUGCUGGCCGCCUGCCAGUGGGACCUGAGGCUUGGAACGCUCAUGAUCCUGCAGGUGGUCAUGGCACGCGCCAGGCUCUGGGUCCUCCCGGUGGGACACCCGGCGACGGCGAUGCGGGAUGCCGCGCGCCAGUCGCCGGCGCCCUCCUGGUGGCGUGCGGCUGGCCAGCUCAUGGCCAGCAUGCCGAACGGGCCCAUUCGGGACAUCAGCGCCCAUGAGGGGUUCACAGAGGAGGUGGUCGCAGCCCGGUCUUCGCCAGCAUCCCGAAGGUCGCUGCUACGGCGGUACCGCCAAGAGGUGGCACUGCCAGCCCUGCGCGCCUAUGACCAACCAUCGGUAGAUGCGGCGGCUGACCGUCCAUUGCCAUGUCUGGGGCUACGGUUUCGCAGCCUCAUGCCGGCCAUGCAGCGAGGCACGCAGCAAGACAUGUUUGAAGAUCAUGGAGGAAAUCUGUAUUAUAGGCUCUGGGCAGUAUGCAGGGUGACUGGCCGCUGGCCGCUGCCAGUCCUAGGUGGUGAGGACGCGCCGCUGGUUCUGCCGCGCUGUGGUGCAUGUCCCAGCACAGAGGUGGACGUCUCCCAUGCAUUGCUUGCGUGCGGGCACACCUCGGCGUCGCGACGCCAGCUGUGGACAUCCAUCGACGGCGGGGCGCCUACGACGCGGCAGGCGGCGCUCCUGGCCCUACUUGGCCCGGUAGCGACCGCCGACUGCAUCAAGUAUGUAGGCUGGGCGCUGGUACGCUGUGCAGGGCGGCGCUGA